AGAGAAAAAAGAAAAAGUCUUGGCAAUAUCACAAGUAGCACAAGGUAAAGAUUAAAAGUGGAGCCAUACUUCAAAAAUAGAAUAAUAUAAAAGAAGCAAUAUCAGCCUUAUAUUUCUGCUCCCCCUUAUCUCCCUGCCGUUUCCUUCCAACUCUUCAUCUCCUAUAGACAGGAGACUCCACAAUCAUGGGUUCCUCUUCACUACCAUCCUUCAUUCAAAUCUCAACCUUCUCUCAAAAACUCACCACCCCUCAAAACAGCUCUCACUUUUCUAUAACAAAAAGAAACACACAAUUCUCCUGCUCCUUAUCUCCUUCUCCUUCCCACAACAUUCUUCAAAAAUCACUUCCUUUAGCUGCUUCAAUCGCAAUUCUUCUCUGGUCAACUCCUGCACAUGCUGGAUUCAUGUCCGGAAUCUCAGGACUAGAAGCUGUUCCUGGUCCUCAGCUUCCUAAGAUCGAUUUCCUCAGCAGAAUAAACGAAGAAAACCAGAAGAGAUAUGCUGAAAAUGAUGCAAGAAUCAAAGAGUCUCCCUUGGUGAAGAAACUGCUUGAGCAAUCUAAGUUGAAUAAAGAGAAGAAUAGUAAAGAAAUAGAGAACAAGUACUGCUUACGUGGUGCAGAAUGGGGAGUUGGUGAUUGUUCAGCAGAAGGAAUGUCUAUAGAGGAGAGGGAGAAGUUCAUAGCAAUGUUGAAAGAGAAGGUUGGAGAAAAGUAAUAUGAUGCAGCUAGAUCAUAGAAAAGAUAAAAUUUUAGGCCUUUUGAGUUUCAAAGUUUUGUUUUUGAAUCCUAUUUAUUAUACAAUGGACUAUUAUUAAUGUAUGAUUGUAACAGAAAUACUUGCUAUAAAAUUUGUUACUACGAGUAGUUUAGAUGAUA